AUGGCUGACGAGAAGCCCGCUGUUGAGCCCGCCGUUGAGCCCGCCGCGGCCAGGGAGGCCGUAUCACCUCCGCCUACAUAUUCCACGCAGGAACAGGAGCAGGUCGCCGUACGACCUCGAGGAUGGAAGUACACCGAGCUCAAGGUCGGCGGCUUUAGCCUCUCGUGGUAUGCGUCGCCUAGCUUCCAGCUCGUCCUGGUCUCCUUCGUCUGCUUCAUGUGUCCGGGCAUGUUCAACGCCCUCAGCAGUCUGGGAGGCGGAGGCAACACCAACCAGGACACCGCCAAUAAGAUGAACAUCGCGCUAUACAGCUGCUUCGCCGUCUUCGGUUUCUUCGGUGGCUCGUUUGUCAACCGUCUCGGUGUUCGCUUGACCCUCGCCUUCGGUGGAAUCGGAUACUGCGUCUACGCCAUCUCGCUGCUCGUCUCAGUGCACUCGACUCAUGUCGCGGGCUUCAACAUCUUUGCCGGAGCCUUGCUCGGUCUAUGCGCCGGCCUCCUGUGGACUGCGCAGGGCACCAUCAUGCUCUCGUACCCGGGAGAGUCGGCCAAGGGACGCGCAUUCGCCGUCUUCUGGUCCAUCUUCAACCUUGGAGGCGUCAUUGGCUCUUUGAUCCCACUGGGCCAGAACUUCAAUGUCAAGACCAAUGUCACCGUCACCGACGGCACCUACAUCGCCUUCAUCGUGCUCAUGGCCACCGGCGCCAUCCUUGCUCUCCUCCUCUGCAAUGCUGGUGACGUCUAUCGUCCGGAUGGCAGCCGUGUCGUGAUCAUGAAAAAUCCCACCUGGAAGACCGAAUUCAUCGGCCUCUGGGAGACCAUUCGCAGCGAGCCCUAUAUCGUGCUCCUCUUCCCGCUCUUCUGGUCCUCCAACUGGUUUACCGCCUACCAAUUCAAUGCCAUCAACGGCGUGUACUUCUCCACCCGCACCAAGUCCCUCAACAGCGUGCUCUACUGGACCUCCCAGAUCAUCGGAGCCGGUAUCUUCGGCACCGCUCUCGACAGCGGCCUCAUCCGCCGCUCUCUUAGGGCCAAGAUCAACCUUGCCGUCAUGUUCACGCUUACCAUGGCCAUCUGGGGCGGUGGCUACGCAUUCGCCAAGGGAUACACGCGCCUGUCCGUUGAUCCCAAGCUCAGCGGCUACAAGGGCAAGGACUGGAGCGACAGUGGCUACAUAGGGCCUAUGUUCUUGUUCAUGUUCUACGGCUUCUACGACGCCGCCUUCCAGGCCUCCGCAUACUGGUACAUGGGAGCCCUCUCAAACUCUGGCCGUAAAACCGCCAACUACGUCGGAUUCUACAAGGGCAUCCAAUCCGCCGGUGCCGCCGUGUCCUGGGCCAUCGAUCUGAGGAAGGUGUCCUUCAUGUCCAUCUUCGCGAGUAACUGGGCUCUCCUAGCUGGUUCGCUAGUCAUUGCCGCCCCGCUUGUACUGAGGAUCAAAGAUCACGUCGACAUCGAAGAGGACCUGAAGUACUCCGACGAGACCAUCGCGGACGUCCUCCCCACCGGCCAUCCGGAAAAACAAACGGCUUGA